AUGUGUGGUGUUUGUGAGGUUGACGACAUCUCGAGAGACGAACGUGGCCAAUAUGUGAGGACAAAGGGUUGGACGAACGACCUUGGUGGCUUUGUCAAAACCCUGGUGGUUCUUCCUCAUACUGUGACACGGACGAAUACGAGAGGCAAAGUUAUGGGAAGCAGGAUGUCUUGCCAAUAUCGAGUCGAUUUGGAUAGACUUGCGUCGGUUGCCCGCAAAGUUGAUGGCGAUAGAAGGAACGGCGACAAAGAAUGGACCCGCGUGAAUCAGCAGGUCUACAAGGUUGAGGCCAAAGAGGCAUACCGAUAUUCGGAAUCUUUCCUCUUCGAAUCAAGUCUUUGGGUACACAAGAAAAGAUCACAUAUAUACACGCAAAACCUACUUCGACGUUCAGUCUCGACAUCCAGCAUCACAAUGGGGGAUAAGCUGGCCCAGUCUUUUGACCAACAAAUCCGCCACCGCAUCACUGCCGGAUCUCCUAACGAUGGUUUGGUCUGGAAGAACGGUCUUCUCCCGUUUUUCUUCUCCGCACUAUCACUAUCUUCUCGUCCCCGUCCCCAUCAACCUCUCCCCCACCUCUUUGCCCCACGAUCAAGAUCUUUAACUGGGCGUGACGGGUUGCUCAUGAGAUGGAUUGGAUGUGAGGGAGUCUGUGGAAAGAUGGGAUUCUUUACCAUCAGAUUUAACCUGGAUUCGACAAAGCAGAUCAGCAAGGAUGGAAGGCCACGGUCAUGGCCCCUUUCCCUCUAA